CUCCUCCUGCCUCAUAACUUCUUCUUCCAAGUGUGCAGGGAGUUUCACUGCAGCCCGGCCGACUUGGAUGCCAGUUUCUGGGGCCGUCGGACCCUCUCGCCCACGGGGAAAAGCCAACGCGCAGCAGCUUUGCCCAGAUCAAUGACUCUCCAGGCUGUGUUCUGACUCCAGGAACCAAGGAGUUUCUUCCCAAGGAAAAGGAAAAUGUUGUAUGCUCAGAUCCUUGUCCUGGCAGUGGCUGUGGUGCAGUACAGAGCCGUGGCCAUUCAUGAAGCAUGCAGGACAGCAGAGGUGGCCGACAUUUUGUUCCUCGUGGGGCAGUCACAGGGCACAGGGAGGGAGAGCUCCCGGCUGGUCAAGGACUUCAUCAGCAGCAUGGCCUGUUCCUUUGAGAACGUGGUGAUGGGCAAAGAAGGCAUCCGGUUGGCGGUGGCACUCUACGGGGAGAAAACAAGAAUGAGUAUUGAGCUCACGGAUUAUGUGAACAUCAAAGAAAUGCUGGUUGCAAUUCAGAAUCUUUCCUUCAAAGGAGGCAGCUUAAAAACAGGGUCAGCCCUGGCAUUUGCAGCUCACACCAUGUCUCGCCUGGACAUGCUGCGAGAGGAUGCAGCAAAGGUAGUUGUUUUGAUCACAGAUGGGAAAUCCAGUGACUCAGUUGAAGAUGAAGCCCAGAUCCUGCAGGAUAAGGGCGUGACGGUGUUUGCUGUAGGAAUUAAGGAUGCUGACAAGAAUGAGUUGAACAAAAUAGCUUCAGAACCUACUGCAGAACAUGUGCUUUACAUUGAAGAUUUCCACCUGCUCCACAACAUAACACCCAAGCUCUCUCGAAGGCUGUGUUUCACUGCCUCAGAGCCACCACAGCCCAUCAAGCAGACCGUGCAAGCUGAGAAGAUCAUUGGCCCCCAGGAUUUGCAUGUCAGUGAGCACAGCCACAGUUCACUGCGACUCACGUGGAUGCCAGCUACAGGGAGGGUGAUGGGGUACCGUGUUCAUCUGCAUCCCUUGCUGCCUUUGGGACAGGCAGUUUCAGAGGACCAGCGGCAGAUUGUGGUAGACAGUGACAAAAGCAGCGUGCUGGUGGCUGAUCUGAAACCUAACACCAAGUAUGUCUUCACAGUGAGGGCCAUCUAUGCAGAUGCCCUUGGGGAGUCAGCAGUUGUCAAGGGCAAGACAACACCUGUGCCUCCAGUCACUAAUUUCCAUGUGAUAGAAGAAGGACUUUUUAGCUUGAAAGUGUCUUGGACACCUCCACUGGGCAAACUGGAGGGCUACAAGAUCUACAUCCCCAGAGCCAACAGACCAGGAAUGACCUACAAGCAGGUUCUGCGGGGUGAUGUCUCUUCCCAUGUACUGGACAACUUGCAGGAGGAUAGAGAAUACAACAUCAGCAUCUAUGCCGUGUACCCCCAGGGGCCAAGCCAGCCUGUAGCUGCCGUAGGGAGAACAUUGAAGCUCCUGCCUGUGAAAAGCAUCUUGCUGCAGAACGAAACGACUGACACACUCCAGGCAAGGUGGAGCCCUGUCCGGGGAGCAACGGGGUACAGGCUUACUUGGACGUCAGCAGAGGGCAGCAUCCAGGAUGUGAACCUCAGCAACACCUACAGCUACUACAUGAUCCAGGGGCUGCAGCCUGGCACAGAGUACACCGUCACCAUCAAUCCCAUCUUUGGGGAUGUUGAAGGACCAGUGGUGAGCAGUAAAGCAAUGACAGUGGCAUCGAGCACUGUUCAGAUGCUGAAAGUGAGUGAUAUAUCCAUCAACAGUGCUCUGGUCUCGUGGGACUCAGUUGCUGGGGCCACUGGGUACAGAGUAGCUUGGGGUCCUACACCAGAGUUCUUUGGCAAAGACCGUCCUCGCCAGCUGGCCCUCAACAAGUCGAUCACAGCCUACCAGCUCCGCAACCUGGCCCAUGACACUGAGUACGUGAUUUCCCUGUAUGUGCUUUUUGGCUCGGUGGAGGGACCAGGGAUCACAACCUCAGCCAGGACAUCUCCUCUUGGCUACGUUUCCAAUUUCAAGGUGAUGUCCUACACGAGCACAAGCCUGUCUAUGGCGUGGAGUGCCACAGCAGCUGCCACCAAAUUCAAAGUCACCUGGAGCCCUGUGGGAGCAGGCAAAGAAGAACAGGUUGCCAAGACUCAGUACCUGGGCAGUAGAGUGUUGGCUUACCGGAUUGACCACUUGCUGCCUGACACCCUUUAUAAAGUCAGCGUUCGGGCUGUCUUCAGCAAGGCUGAGGGGCCGGAGGUGACUCUCACUCACCGCACAGCAUCUUUUGCAGACUCCAGUCCCAUCCAAACCAUCCAAGAUUUGAAGAUUAUUGAAACUGGUGUAAAUAGUUUGAAGCUGUCUUGGAGGAGGCUUCCUGGAGUAACUCACUAUAAGAUAUCCUGGGUGCCAUUUGAUGGUGGCUUGGAAACUUCCCAGCUGGUUGCAGCAGAAACAGACUCCUUCAUGAUCUCCAAACUGAAGGAGAGCACCACCUAUACCAUCUGCAUGUCUGCAAUGAUCAGGGGACGGAAAGGAAGCCCCACACUCCUCACAGCCAAAACCUUGGAUUUACCCAAAGUGACUGAGUUCACAGUGCAGGAGGCUGCGGAGACCAGUGUUUUGCUGACUUGGAUGGCUGUUCCUGGAGCAUCCACAUACCUACUAACGUGGCGCUUGUCCUCAGCUUCUGAUCUUUCCCAGGAACUGUUAUCAGCAGCUUCUAGAUCAUAUCGGGUGACAGGACUGAGCACCAAAGAAAUGUAUUUUUUUUCUAUAAGACCAGUCUUUGGAGAUACGGAGGGACCAGAGACAACGCUCCUGGGACAAACAGUGGGACAUCACAGAGAGUCACCUGCACCAAUCACUCCAGUGACUUUGACAACGCUGGAUAUGAUGAGGUCCCCAUCCACAUCUCCCAGCAAUGUGGGAACCACUCCUCUUUCACUGGCCACCACCACAAAGCUACCACCAAAGCCAGAGACCCCACUAUUGACAACUGUAGUGUCUACACCACUGACAACUGUCCCUGUGCCAAUCUGUGGCAAGUUCAAAGCAGACAUUGGGUUCCUGGUGGACGAGUCCUCGAGUAUUGGCCAGAGCAAUUUCAAUAAAGUGAAGGAUUUCCUCUUCCGGAUCAUUUCCUAUUUCCCUAAGAUUGGACCUGAAGGGACACAGGUUGCUGUUGCUCAAUACAGUGAGGAGCCCAGGGCAGCCUUCUACUUCAACCAGUACCGUGACCGCAACAGUGCCCUGAAAGCUAUCAAGGAACUGCGCUAUGCUGGAGGCAACACAAAAACAGGUCGUGGUAUAGCCUACAUGCUAAAGGAGUUAUUUCAGUCCUCCAGAGGGAUGAGAUCAGAUUUCCCUCACAUGAUGGUGCUUGUGACUGAUGGACGAUCCCAGGAUGACGUGUUGCCACCAGCCAGAGUGGCCCAUGCUUUGGGGAUCCGCGUCAUUGCUGUGGGUGUCUCAGGAGCUGACCCCACUGAGCUCAACAGCAUCUUGCUGCAGCAGAACCUCCAGAACGUUUUCUAUAUCAGAACAUUCGACGACUUCCCAGAAAUCCUCCGAGAGAUGAUAGAAGUCAUUUGUUCUGAUCCUCAGGCUUCAGGGGCCCAGCUGCCAUUGGGAGAGGGUACCCGACAUGAAGCUGACAAGCAAUUGCCAUUUGGUGACACGGAGAGCAAGCCACACAUGCCUGAUACGUCAUCAGCUGAACCACAUACCCAAAAAGAAGAGGAUGCUUGUGAUCCCUGGUGUUUAAAGAACUUCAGAGGCUCACUGGCUCGCAGAGGCUAUGACUCAUACAGCUUUCCUACAAAGGGAGAGAAAGGAGAGCGGGGUCUACCUGGGAAGGACGGCAUUCCUGGGCUGCCAGGCAGACCGGGGCGCACAGGUCCUCCUGGUCCCCCUGGACUCAUGGGUCUCCCUGGCAUCCAAGGUGGUGUUGGAUCUCCUGGCUAUCCAGGACCAGUGGGGCCAAAAGGAGACAGAGGCGAACCAGGCUAUGUGCUGGGAGGAGUGGAGGUGAUUCCUGGCCAAACUGGGCAGCCUGGUCCCACUGGACAGAAAGGGCAGCCGGGCGUUCCUGGGGUAGCAGGACCACCCGGUUUACCAGGUUUACCAGGGCCACAGGGGCCACCAGGGAUCUCCAUCAAGGGUGAACCAGGGGAUUCAGGUAUCAGGGGCCCUCGUGGAAGGAAUGGCCUCAAGGGUGACAGAGGAGGCAUGGGAGAGCCGGGGAAACCUGGCUUGCCAGGCCCUGUAGGGCUACAUGGUGUUCCUGGACUGCCUGGACCAAGGGGAGAAAAGGGAAUGGCAGGAACUGGCAUUCCCGGCACUGCUGGCUUGAAAGGCGAAGAAGGAGAGCAGGGGGUGAUGGGACCUCCAGGAGCACCAGGACCAAAGGGUAACAAAGGGCAAGGUGGUGAUAAAGGGGAAAAGGGACUCCCAGGACCUCCAGGGCAGAAGGGAGACCAAGGGAACCCAGGAUUCCCAGGUGCUCCAGCUAUGGGGAUUUUGGGACCUCCAGGCAAGAAAGGUGUCAGGGGAGACACUGGACCAACAGGGGCCCUGGGACCACAAGGAGACAAAGGAAUACAAGGAGACAAAGGAGAGAAGGGAUGUCCAGGUUUCGGCAUUCCUGGUCAACCUGGGCUAAAGGGAGACCCAGGCGAUAGGGGAAAUGUAGGUUUGUCUGGCAAACCAGGUCAGAAGGGGGAUAUAGGUCUUAAGGGAGAGAAAGGUGAACCAGGAUUACCUGGGAAACCAGGCGAGACCGGACUAAGAGGUAAAGAUGGAGAACCAGGGAAGAAAGGCACCUCUGGGACCAAGGGAGAAACUGGUGUCCCUGGAGAACCGGGAGAGAGAGGAAUCAGGGGUCCACCUGGACUCCCAGGACGCCCUGGAGAACAGGGGAUAAAAGGCGAUACAGGGCAGCCUGGAAAGGAUGGGAUCACUGGAGAGAAGGGAGGCAAGGGUGAAUCUGGUGAGCCUGGGCUGCCUGGGACUCCUGGAAGCAUUAUAUCUUCUCUGGAGAACACCAUCACCCUGAAAGGUGACAAGGGGGAUUGCGGGAAGGACGGCUUGAAAGGUGAAAGAGGUCCUCCAGGCCCAAAGGGAGAACCCGGUCCACCAGGCAAAGGAGUAGAAAUGAAGGAUCUGGAGAGGCUUUUUGAAGCAAAUGGUAUCAAUUUGGCACUGCUGAAGGACCUCUCCAAUGCACUCCUGCGGGAUGGGCUGGAUGGGCUGGUGCAGCAGCUGGGUGGCUCCAGGACAAACAAGACCUCCAGGAGAAAGCAGGCAGCUCUCCAUACUACCAAGCAUGAUGAUUCACUGGUGUUUGAUACUUCUCACAAUGCCCUGGCCAGCACCAAGGUGACAGAAGAAGCACAGAGCCUGGAGAUGGAGGCUCAGUUUAGGGUGCCGGUGUCUGGAGGACUUCCCAAGGGUCCAUCUGCUGCUGGUUCUGAAGCUGUGUACCAAUCCCUAGAGAACCCUCCUGAGUCCCUGGAGAAAACAUCUGAGGAGAGAAGGAAAGAUAGAGACUCAAGAAGGAAAAACACUUCUCUCAGCAGCGGCUUGUCUGUAUCCCCACCAUACCCAGAAGAUGAUCUGCAAGGAAACCAGUCCACAGAGCUUCUUGAGUCCUUGGAGGAGAGGGUGGAAGGACAACCACAGCAGGACACCAGCCAUGAAAAUGUGAAUUCAGGCAAUGGCUCUGCACUCCCAAGGGACAUUAGAACCAGGAGAUCUGCAGAGCAUGAGAGACACACAAUGAAGACCCCAUUUCACCAUAGCAGCUUCAGGCUGGCCUGUGUGCAAAACCAGAGCCAUCGGUGCGAUCCAGAAGGAGGUGGUGACCCUUCCUUGUUGGCUCUGUCACAGGUUCAUCCCCCCGGUGCUCCAGGAGCUUGGAAAUCCCUAUCUGGAUCUGUGGCUUACCCAGGCCCUCAUCACCUGAGGAGAAUUAAGAAGGAGGAAACUGGCCCAGCAGAUCCAUCUUCCCAUGGCCAAAAGGGAGAAAUGGGAGCUCCGGGAGUCCGUGGAGACAAAGGAGAAAAGGGGCAGCCUGGGGAGAUGGGGGAACCUGGAGAAAAGGGCACCAAAGGAGACAGAGGUGAAAGUGGUCAAAAGGGAGAACCAGGAAUUGGGUUCAGAGGUCCUGUUGGUCAGGCUGGGCCACCUGGAUUUAAGGGUGAGCCAGGGGCCCCAGGACCUCCAGGAGCUCAGGGUAUCCAGGGCAUUCGUGGCAAUGCUGGCACCCCCGGGUCACAGGGGAACAGAGGGGCUCCAGGUCUGGCCGGCAUGCCAGGACAGAAGGGAGAGCGUGGGAAGAGAGGCCGGCAUGGAUUUGCUGGGCCCACAGGACCAUCAGGAUCCCCAGGAAAAGAGGGGAUUCCUGGAACACCUGGACCCAAAGGCAACAAGGGAGAAAUUGGUGUUGGAGCAGCUGGCCCAAGAGGUCCUCGCGGACUGCCUGGCCCUCGGGGUGAUGAGGGCAUCGUGGGAGUCCGGGGCCCUGCUGGCGUGAUGGGUCUAAAAGGCUUCCCGGGUGUGAAAGGUGAAAGAGGUGAUCGGGGACUUCUGGGACCCAAGGGAGAAAGAGGUGAGCCCAGGACUAUUUUUGGACCUCAGGGCUAUAAAGGCAGUAAAGGCGAUCUUGGUGAACAGGGCCUGCCAGGUUUUGACGGAGACAAAGGCGAGAAGGGAGAGGAUGGGCCUGUAGGAGAAAAGGGAGUCAAAGGUGAAGCUGGCUCCAAGGGAGUGAUGGGGCUUUUUGGAACAAGAGGACCAGUGGGACAGAAGGGGGAGCCAGGAGAACCAGGCUUGCCAGGCUCUGCCGGUGCAGCAGGUCUCAAUGGGAAGAAUGGAAACAAGGGAGCCAAAGGUGACAGAGGUCUUCAGGGGCAGAAGGGGAAGCCAGGAGGAAAAGGUGAUCCUGGGACCACUGGUGACAUUGGGCAGAAAGGAACAAAGGGCUUACGAGGGCUUCCAGGACGCAUCGGUGCUCCUGGAGCCAAAGGCAUCAAGGGAGAAAUUGGCAGCCCUGGAAAACCAGGGAUCUCAGGAUCAGAUGGACCACAUGGACCAAAGGGUGAACAAGGAGCAUCGGGGGACGAUGGUGCCUUGGGGAUUCCUGGGGAGAAAGGAGAAAAGGGGGCCAAGGGAGUUCCUGGCUUGGGAGGCUUCAAAGGACAAAUGGGAUGGCCUGGGAAGACUGGAGUUGCAGGACCAGAUGGACCUCAAGGGCCACAGGGUGAACCAGGGCCACAGGGUCCACGAGGGAGAAAAGGGAGGCCUCAGCUCUGCCUCAGAGGAUCCCCGGGCAUGGACGGGCAAAAAGGAGAAAUGGGUGAAAAUGGUCCAGCUGGCCAGAAAGGAGAAAAGGGAGAUCCUGGUCUUUCUGAGGAGGAGGUGAAGGAGGUGGUCAGGAGUGAAAUGAGAGGCAGAUGCGGUCUGGCGGCAGCUGAAAUCAACAGGCAGCUCCAAGGGUAUUUUCAGCCUCAGGAACACACCAGAAAAGAUGGUGAAAGCCAAGAAGAAAUGCUUAAUAAAACUCAGAGCAUGACCACAUUGGCUUCAGUGAAGCCCUUCAUGGAGCCAACUUCACUUAUUGCAACAGCUCCCCAGGCACAGCAGAUAACGGGUCCCUCUCAGCACAAGCGCCGAGAAGCCCACAGCCAAUUACCAGCCCCUUGCCUGCAGCCAAUGGACGAGGGUUCCUGCCAGCACUAUGCCCUGCUCUGGUAUUACCAUGCAGAGGCAGACACCUGCCGACCCUUCAUCUUUGGGGGAUGCCGAGGAAACAGCAACCGCUUUGAAACCAAGUGGAAAUGUGAGCGGCAGUGCAAAACCUCAGCAGCACCUCUGGCAUCUCCAGCCAUCAAGGACCCCAGGCAGAGCCUGAAGCUGGUGGAGCUGCCCUAA